ACUACGAGAGCCAGUCCCGCCAUAGGCUGCGAGGUUGACGCGACAACCUGGUCGUCUUGUUCGUCCGUCUUUGCUGGCAGAAGACUCCUGCAUUCUUAUCCCAUCUCCUCCGUCGCAGUGCAUCUGCUGCCUGCCGUCUGCCCGUCUCGAAUCUGCGUGUGGCACAGCAACCUCGGCGCUACCGCAAUAGACUGCUCUCAUUCGCUCGCGCAUGCAUAUCUACCUCCGUCUCGAUAGUUGGCUGCCACGAGCGCACACCGACAAUCGCUCGUCGCUGUAGACCAUGGCAACACCACCGGGCUCGCCGCCGCCUGGAGGCGCAACGAGGCCCAUAAGUGCCCUGAUACGCUCCAACCGGAGUUCCAGUCGCAUGAGCGUGAGCAGCAAGCCGGGAGGAAGUAGAGCUUCAGAUGAGGACAGCAAGACGGCUGUCAAAGUUGCCGUUCGCGUGCGCCCGCCGCUCAAACCGGGCGAUCCAGGAUUCGAACUCAUCCCCAAGCGAUUCCGCGGCGCCACCUGUCACAUCACGUCGCCCUCGAGUCUUGCUGUCGAUGCAUCCGGCGGCAGGAAAGUCUUCGUGUUUGACCGUGUCUUUGGGGAAGACGUCCAGCAGGAGGGCGUCUUCGACUACGUCGUCGACAGUGUCAGGUCUUUUGUCGAGGGCUACAAUGUCUCGAUCCUCGCAUACGGCCAGUCUGGUGCCGGCAAGUCGUACACAAUGGGUACUACAGGUCCACAGGAGCAGGGAGACGCUCAGAUCAUGGGCAUCAUUCCUCGCGCUGCUGCCAAUCUUUUCGAGAGGCUGGAAGGGUCCGCCACGCCGCUGCCUGGGUCGGGCAUUCGCGCGCCGUCGUCUCGCAUCUCGAGCGCGGGCAUGCAUAGCUUCACAAAGAAACCGUCAGCGACCAAGAACUGGCAACUGAACGCUACCUACGUCGAGAUUUACAACGAACAAUUGCGCGAUCUCCUGGUUCCUGACACCAUACCCUUCGGUGAGCGGCCGGCUGUCAGCAUUCGCGAAGACCGUGACGGCCGUAUCCUGCCUACUGGCCUCACGCAGAAGCCAAUCCACUCAGUAGAAGAUCUACUAGAUGCUCUCAAUCUCGGAUCCUCUAUCCGCCAGACCGAUGCCACGGCUGUGAACGCAAAGUCAUCGCGUUCUCACGCCGUUUUCAGCUUGAAUCUCGUGCAAAAGAAGGGCCCUUCCACGCCCCUUUCGAACCGUGAGAAGCGCAGAUCGGUGCCUAUCGAGGCCAUGUCAGGUUCAAGCGAAAACUGGGUGACGGUGGACAGCAAACUCCAUUUUGUCGAUUUGGCGGGGAGUGAGAGGUUGAAGAACACACAGGCUUCCGGUGAUCGGGCCAAGGAAGGAAUCUCUAUCAAUGCUGGCCUUGCAAGCUUAGGCAAGGUUAUCUCGCAGCUAUCGUCCCGCUCACAAGGCUCGUACGUUUCAUAUCGGGACUCUCGACUCACGCGUCUGCUCCAGGACUCCCUCGGAGGGACCGCCAUUACCUACAUGAUUGCUUGCGUCAAUCCGGCCGAAUUCCAUCUAAGCGAAACCUUGAACACGGUGCAAUACGCACAACGCGCGCGCGCCAUCCAGUCCAAGCCUCGGAUUCAGCAAAUCCAUGAUGACAGCGAUAAGCAGGUGGUAAUCGACCGGCUAAGAGCGGAAGUUCAAUUCCUACGCGACCAAAUCCGAUUAUCAGAGCGAACAGACAAUAAGAAAACCGAUCCUCAAGAGCGAGCUGAACGACAACAUCAGCGGGAAGUAGAGCUCCAGGACCAGCUUCUCGAUAUUCAAGAAAACUACAGCGCUCUCAGUGCUCGUCAUACUAAGCUGAUAACCGAGAUUACGAAAGCGCGCGACGACAGUGAUGCAGAGACACCUAUACUGAAGGACGCCAUUGGUGAUUCUGCGCUCGAUCGAAUGAAGAGGUCAAACUCCUUUGCAGAAGCUGUUGAGUCUGUAGUCCUUGAGUACGAGAAGACUAUCCAGACUUUGGAAUCAUCCCUAUCGAACACACGAGCAUCUCUGUCGGCCCAUGAAAGUGACCUUUUAGAGAAAGAGACCCGUAUCGCUUUUCUCGAAAGCCACAACCAACAACUACAGGCGCGCAUCCAGAAAGCAAUAGAUCGAGAUGCAACCAACGAAGAGUAUGUCAAAUCGCUGGAAAGCCAGGUUGAUAACUCUACAUCUGGUAUUGAGAAGAACGAUACCACAAUCUCGGACCUACGUGACAAGCUACAGAAAGCCCGCGACAACGAGUCCAGUUGCGAGGAAUACAUUUCCACUCUUGAGGAACGUCUUGCGGAGAACGAACAAGAGGUUGAGAUUAUGACGCGUGAGAUCGAGCGACUAAAGCAUGUGGUUGAGCGACAACGAAGCAUAGGCAAGCUCGACAACCUUUUGUACGAGCUUGAUAACGUUCCUCAGACAGACAUGAAGGGCAAGGAAGCUUCGGUGAACGGACAUUCGAAAACAAACAGUGAUGCAUUUCUCGAAAAACGACCUCAGAUGGAGACGCGACCCUCUGUCGAAGGGACUCAUGUGUUCAACACCACUGUGGACGCCAUCGCAGAAGAAGAGGAUGGCGAGCGUUCACCUCAAGUCGGAGCAGUGCCAAGAAAACAAAACGAUCGCUCAGCGGCGAACGGUCUUUUCAUAAAAGAGUUGAUUCCAGAGAACACCACGGAUGAACCAUCGAGUCCAGCGCAAUCUAGAUUCGUUCAUGAUAAGCUCGAUUCAGUGACCCAAGAGCUGUUUGACUUGCGGGUAGAGCAUGAGGGGACGCUUCAAGACUAUGAUACGCUUACCAGCAAAUACCAAGAGGCCUUGCGAACUUUGGCCGCUCUCCAAGACACCGUGGACGAGGGACGUUAUGAUCGGCCAUCCUUGGAGCAGUCUCCUCGACCAACACCUUUUUUAGAGCAUGCGGAGGCGAAUGGGCUCAGGGCAGAGGAUGGACCACCAUCACUUUCGCGUACAUUGUCUGCGGAGUUAUCAUUGGCGGAAUCUGGCAACACUACUCUACCACACAACGAGACGGGAGCUGGUUCUAAGCAAAACGGAGUCAAGACAAUGAGACUCUCGACUGAUUCUGCAGAGCAAUCACAGCAUCAAUCAUCGGGGACCACGUUGGUUCACGAAUUGGAGGCGUUGAAGUUACUGCAUGCCGAGAAAGAAGAGCGCAUGGUCGAGCUCAACCAGGACUACUCGAAUCUACAGGAGCAACAUCAGGAUGUGUUGGACUACGUGGAGGAAUUGAAGACCGAAGUGACAAAAGCCCAAAUGACACGGCCAAGCUCACCCUCGGUACAUAUGAUCCGCCGGAAGUCCAGUCAAGCUGUCCUUGCGAAUGACCGAUCCAAUCGCGCCUUUACCUCUCUUCGCAACAUUGCUCUCGACACUAUUGGAGAAGAGCCCGAUUCCUUCCAAAACUUCGAGCUCAACUUGAACGCCCUUAUGUCCGAGCUACACAUCAGGUCUGAGCGUGUUCAGGAGCUAGAGGGAGAGGUCAACUCCGUGCGAAAAGAGAUGGAGAGUAAAAUGACUCUGAUUAGCGGUCUGGCCAAGGAGAGGUCCAGCCUGAAGGCUUCGUCACCACUCGACAUGUCGUUUGUUGCCACUAUGCAGGAUCAGAUCAAACAGAGCGAGGAACUGAUCAAAGACUUGAAAGACUCACAUGCUCAGCGCGAGCUCGAACUCCAAGAGCAAGUCGCGGUUCUCAGAGAUUCUCUUAGGACUCCAGAGUUAUCCGAUGACGCUACUGGUUCUCGACAUGUCCCUGGAGAGUUCACCAGUGACGACUCCACUCUGACUGAUGAUGGUGCCUCUCGUCAGACCCAGCUCGACAAGAUGAAGAAUGAAGCAGCCCAUUGGCAAUGGAAGCAUCUGGAAGCCAUUGAAGCCACCAAGGUUUCUGAAAAGCAGCACUCCGAGACUGUGAGGGAAUUGGAAGCGGCUUUGCAGCAGCUGCAGGUGCGCCACACUUCUCGCAUAGCUGAGCUUGAGGACACCAACGGUGCUCAAUCUGAAGCUGCUCUAGAGCAUGAGAAAGCAAAGCACGCCGAGCUUGUCAAUGCCUUGCAGGCUGAAGUUGAUGAACAUAAGGCCACCGCUGUCAGCAAUGCUACUCGCCUAGCUGAGCUUGAGGAGUCUCAUGCAAGCAUUAUCAAGCAAGUAGAAGAGGUUGCAGAAGCCAGAGUUCUUAACGAAAAGGAACUCGAAACUCAUAGGUCGCUGGUGUCAAACCUGGAAAAGCAGAUCGAUGAGCACAAGGCAGCUAUUGAUUAUCAUCAGCAGGGCAUGGAGUCUCUUCAGAAAUCUCACGCAGCUGAACUUGAGGAGCUUACGUCGAAGUACGCCUCUCAACAAGAAUCAUCGGCUACACUCCAGGCCGAUUUAUCCAGUGCCAAGGCCGAUAUGGAGACUCUGUUAAAGGUUGUUUCAAAUGCUUUGGAUGCAGAAAUUGACUUUGGCACAAUACAGUCCCAUAUCGAGUCUCUGGUUCAGGAGAGGACAUCCCUCUCACAGCAAAUGAAUCAAGCCAUCAUCGAUCUUCAGACAGCGAGGCAGGAACUCUCCGCUACUACCAACACCGUCGAUACUUUGAAAGGUAACAUCAAAGAGUUCGAAAUCAUCAACGCAGAAACACUCAAAGAACUCGAAAUGGUCAGCGAAAAGGAACAAAAGAGCUCUCGACUUGUCGAGGAACUCGAGGACCAACUCAACUCAAACUGGGACCAGCACGAGGCUGCGAAUAACCGGCUUUCGGCCCUUCAAACAGAACGUAGUCGUGAUUAUCAAGAUGCCGUGAGUCGCCAGGAAGAGCUCGAAAAGGAAGCGGAAGAGUCUCGUGCAAGGAUUGUUUUCUUGGAGUCACAACUUAUGGAUGUAAAACGUGGCUCUGCCCGUUAUUCUAUAACUCCCUUCGACGAUCUUCAGAGGUCAAAUUCCAACACCUCCAAUCAACGCAAGAGUGCUUCGCAUACAUCUUUGCCAUCCCCGCCGCCCGCCAUUCCUCUUCCUCCUUUGCCUCCGGGCAGUCCUCCACCCCAUCAAGUGUCUGCGCCAUCCCCACCUACCUCACGUCACCAGAGCAAGGAUAUCGCACAUGCUCAGGUUGUUGAAGACCAAGAGGCUCGCAUCCGCACCAUCGAGAAACACCUGUUCGCCGAGAAGCAGCUGACAGCUACCCUUGAGGAUGCUCUAACAGAUCUUGAAUCCUCCAGCCAGAAAACAAAGGGCGAUUUGGAUCAAUUCAAAAGAAAAUGCGCUACUUUGGAGGAAGAGCUUAGUGUCAUGCGCAAGGAGCGUAGCGCGGCACGGCACUCUCUUCAGGCCGUCGAGGAGGAGCGCAAUGCUCGUCUGCGUGUCGAAGCUGAACGUGCACAUCUUGAGGCACGCAUGGCGGCCCUCAACGACGCCAACAGGAAGAGCAAGAAAAAGGGCACACUGAAUUGUUUCUAGGCUCUCUCUUACUCUCAACAUUUCACAUUCGUGUAUCUUCUUCACCAUCUGCUUACAUCGGCGCACUGGACAGGACGUUACAUACCCCCUAUGACCCAGCACUUUGCUUUGGUGUCGAUUUUUGCCCUUUCCAUCUCGCAUGUGUCCAUGUUUUAGACGACUUGUCAUGCGGUGGCUUUCAUAUACCAGGUAACACUUCAUUGGAUGUAUGUAUCGAAUGAGCAUUGAGGGGCCGUUUUAUACCUUCAUCUUAUCUUUAUGCGCCCAUACUUGCAUUUCCAUGCUCUUAAUGUAUACUACUACUGCCGGUGCAGAAUGGCAGGCAACACCUGGUAAUUCGAGAACAGGAGGGUUGAUCUCCUCAAAUGC